AUGUUCCGCUCCCGUGUGCUCAAUCAGAUAGCCAACCCUGCUUCUUCUUCUACCGCUUCCUCCUCCCAGCCUACACAUCACCUCAUAACGCUUAUACGAUCACCUAUAGGCUUACCAGCCUCAUCUCGGAAGACAUUAGAAGCAUUGGGACUGUACAGACUACGUGAAUCCGCUCUACAUCCUUUCGGCGAGACGACAGCGGGUAGAAUAUUGAAAGUGAAGGAGCUAGUACAUGUUGCGAAUGUUACGAAGGCUGAAGGAGAGGUUUUGAGGAAGAGGAGGAGGUCAGAAGGUAGUGGAUUAGAACCUAGUGGAAGGGUCUAUGGGGGUGGCAAGGGCGUAACGGAGAGUCAGAUAUGA